GCUUUGAACCAAAUUGGCUCUUAUGGAAUCAGUUAGGCAAUAUCAUAUAAUUUCUCAUUUAUAUACGUAUUAAUGCAAGUAAAAAAAAAAAUAAAAGGUCAAAUUAACAUGAAGGUUUCGGAAGAAAGUUGCCGCAGUUAAGCUUUAAGCCAUGAAGAAAGGUUUUGCAAGGGAAAAACUAUGCGUAAAUCAACCGGCUUCGCUAUCAAAUCCUUUUUCUUUCUCUCCUAUCAUACGUCGUCCUGCAUUUUGCCCAUCCCAUCUUCGUCCUUACUUCAUGAAUUCACCCAGUUUUGCUAUCAACGAAACCUGCCUAGGGCCAUGGAAGCCAUGGACGCAAUGCAUAAACAUGGAAUUUGGGCUGACUCUAUCACCUAUUCUGAGCUCAUCAAGUGCUGCUGGGCCCGCGGUGCCGUUGAACAGGGAAAACGCGUCCAUAAGCACCUUUUCUCUAGUGGACACCAGCCUAAAACUUUUCUCAUCAAUGUUUUAAUGAGUAUGUAUGUUAAAUUUAAUAUGUUAGAUGAUGCACGGGCGUUGUUCGACCAAAUGCCUGAAAGAAAUUUUGUGUCUUGGACCACGAUGAUAUCAGCUUACGCUAAUGCUAAGCUCAACGACAAGGCCUUGGAGUUUCUGAUUUCGAUGCUUAGGGAAGGUGUGAAGCCAAAUAUGUUCACCUAUUCUUCCGUUUUGAGGGCAUGCGACGGAUUGGCUAAUCUUAGGCAGCUCCAUGCUAAUAUAAUAAAGAGUGGGUUAGAGUCUGAUAUCUACGUUAGGAGUGCUCUUAUUGAUAUAUAUUCGAAAUGGGACCAGUCAGAGAAUGCGUUGCGCGUUUUCAAUGAGAUGGCGACAGAAGAUUUGGUUGUUUGGAACUCUAUUAUUGCUGGGUUUGCUCAAAACAGUGAUGGCGAUGAAGCUUUAAAUCUUUUCAAGAGAAUGAAGCGAGCUGGUUUUCUAGCUGAUCAAGCAACGCUGACGAGUGUCUUGAGAGCCUGUACUGGGUUAGCGCUGUUAGAAUUGGGGAGACAAGUUCAUGUUCAUGUCUUCAAGUAUGAUCAAGAUUUGAUCCUAAAUAAUGCUCUUUUGGAUAUGUAUUGCAAGUGUGGCAGUCUGGAAGAUGCCAACACUGUUUUCACUCGGAUGAUGGUGAAGGAUGUAAUCUCUUGGAGUACCAUGAUUGCAGGGUUGGCGCAAAAUGGUUACAGCAGGGAGGCAUUGAGGUUGUUUGAGUCCAUGAAAGCUUCAGGGACAAAACCAAACCACAUUACCAUUCUGGGAGUGCUAUUUGCUUGCAGCCAUGCUGGGCUUCUAGAAGCUGGCUGGUACUAUUUCCGAUCUAUGAAGAAGCUUUUUGGGGUCGAUCCAGGAAGGGAACACUACAGUUGCAUGAUUGAUCUUCUUGGAAGAGCAGGGAAACUUAAUGAUGCAGUGGAGUUGAUAAAUGAAAUAGAAUGUGGACCAGAUGCUGUGACAUGGAGAACUUUGCUUGGUGCAUGCAGGGUGCACCGGAAUGUGGAUCUGGCUGUAUACGCUGCCAAACAAAUUCUAAGGCUGUAUCCUCAAGAUGCAGGAACCUACAUACUGUUGUCUAAUAUUUAUGCAAAUACUCAAAGGUGGGAUGAUGUUACACAAAUUAGGAGGACCAUGAAUGACAUGGGAAUUAGGAAAGAACCAGGAUGUAGCUGGGUUGAAGUGAAUAAGCAGAUUCAUGCAUUCAUUUUAGGAGACAAUUCACAUCCUCAACUCGAUGAGAUCAACCAACAGCUGAACCAGUUGAUUCAUAAGCUUAAGGGACUGGGUUAUGUUCCAGACACAAAUUUUGUCUUGCAAGAUCUUGAAGGGGAAGAGCAAAGAGAACACUCCCUGCAAUACCACAGUGAGAAACUCGCACUUGUAUUUGGUUUGAUGAGUUUGCCCAAAGAGCAAACUAUUAGGAUCAGAAAAAACCUCAGGAUAUGUGGAGACUGUCAUCUCUUUGCUAAACUUGUAGCAAAGAUGGAGCAUCAUAUUAUUGUGAUCAGAGAUCCCAUCAGAUACCAUCAUUUUCGAGAUGGGGUUUGUUCUUGUGGAGAUUAUUGGUAACAAAAGAUCAAGCAUUGUUAGUUUUUGCUGCCUGCGCCACUGAGCAUCUAGAAGAUGGAUGGGAAGUGGGGAAGAUAGAAGGUCAACAUUGCAAUUCACAUCUAAGAAACAAUGAGCAGCUCAACAAAAUUAUUUGCCAAGAGGAUUAUCAGUCCACUGAAGACAGUUUCAGCAGGACCUAUUCUCUCCUUUAGUAAUCUUUAAGCCCUUUAGCUGUCUGAGUCAUCAAAGCACAUAUCAAUGAGCUGCUUCAAGGAGAUGUGGCAUUUCUCGAGUGUAAGAAGAAUGAUCCAACCCCAAAUAAAUGCCUUGAUGGACUAGGAAGUCACUUGCUACAUCCUUGGCUUGUAAGCAAUCUAAUAUUUUUGCAUUAUUUUUUCCUUUUAAAUUAUGCAGAUGAUUUUGUAUUAUUAGUUGUUACAAUUUUUAAUUAUAUGUACUUCAUAGAAUAUGGCAUCAAUUCUAAGAUACAUAAAUAGACUGCAUGAGGUGAUAUCAAAGUUGGCAAAUCUCUUGCCUGCAAGUGUCAACAAUGAAAGUGAAAAAGCCUCAGAGCCCUUCACAAUCCUGCACAUUGAAGUUAUUGGAAAUGGAUGUUCAUGUCUGAAUUUGAUACCAAAACAUCAUCUGAUGAAGAUGGAACAUGUGCCAUUACGUAAUUCCAAAUAUAUGAUGAUAUGUUGGGGAUGCUAUAUGUGCAAGCCGGGUAACAGCUGUACCUUAAUGAUUCCUCCUUUAAAUCCUGUUCUCAUUUAGUUAUUUCUUUGCUCGAAGCUUGAGUUUGCAUAAUGAGAAUAUCUCUGCUAGAAGCUUGAGUUUGCCUAAUGAAUUAUAAGAAUAUGCUCUGUUGGAUAAAACUUGUUGUCAUCAAUACUAAGGUUGAUAGCACACCAUUCUGUUUUAACUCUGACAUGAACAUUGAAAAUCAUUUAACUAGCUUCUCCUUUGAAUC